AUGACAACCUAUGGAUUUUGCAUCGUCGAUAAUCCAUGUGACUUUCGCGAUGUGAAUGUACAUGCUCCUCCAGAUACGCCUCUGGCUAAUGCUCGGCAGUUUCGAUAUCAAGAAUUCUACGAGCCACAUGGGAAUCCAUUGGAAGACAAGUGCUUUCUAUUCAAUGUAUUUUACCCGCUGUCUAGCGAGGUAUCCACUGCGGAAGAACGUGUAUUCUCGCCAGGAUUGCUGGACGCACUCGCCUUAACAAGGGUGAUCACCAGAGAAUCCCAGAAUAUCGAAGUAACGGAAGACCGAACAUACGCGAACAUGCGCCAUUCUGGAUCUCGCGUUGUUCUCAAUGCAUUAUGCCAAGGUUCGGUUGAGCUUGCAUUUCGAAUCAUCAAAAUCAAACGAGGAGGCUACCUGGAAGGACGACCACAAAACGACAAGCAGAAAAAUGCACAGAUAUACCGACAGAGCGAGUGGUCAGUUUAUAUGACUGGUUUAAUAGUGUGUGAAUGGGCAAUCGCUCGGGCAAAAUUACACAGUCCUGAUGUGUUGGAAUCCCUUCUCAAAAAAUAUAUCUUUUACAUUCCGAGGUUGCCUGUACGCGAGCGCCUUGAGGAGAUCAUUAGAGGAUCAGGAUCUAUACUUGAGCAGCGAGGUGAACUAUUCCUCGGCAGUGAUGUGGUAGAGCUGAUACCUUCGCCGAAUAUGAAAAAAGUUGUUGCGGGUUUUAUCAAGGAAAUAUCCAGCUUUAUUGAUGAGGCCAUUGACCCCUCGGACCGUGGCCUCCCAUCUGAUACAUUGACAUAUAGUAUAUUUCUCCUUGUUUGUGCCGGGGCGAAUGAAGCAAAGAAAAAUGCACCAAAUCACCCGGAGACACACUCAGAGGCUUUAGCGGGCCUUCUCUCUAAGCGCCUUGAGGAAUAUAUUAGCCAGCUAAUGGGCUGGUAUCCGGUGGGCAAUUUACAGGCUACCUUUGGCGAUAUUGACGAAGAGCUAGAAAGCGAAAUACGGUCUAUAUACAGCGCAAUCAGAGAGGCGAAGUUAAAACGACCCCAUCCGUUUACGUCGCUAGAAGAGGUUAUUGGGCCAUCCAAUGAAUGGCUGUCUGAAAUCAAGCUGAGAUGGGCGGUUUGUGUGGUUCAAGAAGAGGAGGUUACAGUUAUGAAAGAACCGCUAGAGAUGGUCUCAGGGGAAAUCUCAGAUGGGCAUGUCCAGAUGGUUACUGAGAGCUAUUUCUAUCUCCCUCAGCUCCCAGCAGGUUGCUAG